AAGGAAAUCUAUCUGUAGAUGUCGCCCUCUCUCGUUAAAAGGAGGGUCCUGUUUUGUGUGUGUGUGGGGGAGAGAGAGAGAAAAAAAUACUGCAACAGGUUUCCAGUGUAUAAACAUCACAGAGAGGGGGAGAGAGAGAGAGAGAGAGGAGAGAUCAGAGAGAGAAGCUAUAACACACAGCGUCAGAGAACAGGGAAGGUGUGCAGUAGCAAAGGAAUCUCUCUCUCUCUAUUUCUUUUUUCCCCCCUUCUCUCUCUCUCUCUCUCUGGUUGGCUUGGAUGCAGUUGACCAAACACAAGGGGGGUAUGUCCUGUGGUACCCCACAUCCCUGCUGAUGGAUUAAGGGGAGAAAGAGAGAGAGAGACACAGAGAGAGAGAGCUGUGUGUGUGUCUGUGGGAAAAAGAAGGGACGUUGGUUUAAAGGCAGCAGUUGAGGAGCAUCCAGUGGAAUGCGAUCCCAGUGUCCUUGCUGAAGCCCUCUCCGGUGUCACCGUUGGCGUGUGCGCUCGUGUGUCUCUCGAUGGAUCUGCGAUUGCUGCCGAUCGUGGUGUGGGUGUGGAUGUUGGCCCUGGGUUCUCUGUGCCUGGCCAAGAACAUGGACAGGUACCCCUUCCCGGAGGAGCAGCCCCCCAACACCCGCAUCUGGAGCCCCGAGGAGCAGCUGGGAAUGGAGAAGACCAACCGCCUGUUCAAGCUGGAGGUGGGGGCGCCAUUCCUGCGGGUGGAUGAAACCACAGGGACCCUGUACACCACGGAGACCCCCAUCGACCGGGAGAACAUGACGUGCAAGUUGUUCUCCUCCGAGUGUCUGCUGGAGUUCGAGAUCUCGGUGACGGACACCCUGCACACCCUCCCGCCCAUCUUGGUGGAGGGCAAGAUCCUGGUGGAGGACAUCAACGAUAACACGCCCAGUUUUGCCAACCCCGUGCUUCACCUCCGCAUCCCCGAGCACAUCAACGUGGGUACGGUCUUCAACAUCCAGACCGCCACCGACCGAGACUCCGGCACCAACGGUGUGGCCAGCUACGAGCUGCUGGGUACCGAGGCCCACGGCCUCUUCAGCCUCCAGGUGGCCGAGGAACACGACGAGAAGGUCCCUCAGCUAAUUGUGACCGGCCACCUGGACCGGGAGCAGAGGGACUCCUACGACUUGACCAUCAGGGUGGAGGACGGAGGGGAACCUCCCAGGGCCAGCACCGCCAUCUUGAGGGUCACGGUCCUGGACAUCAACGACAAUGCCCCUAAGUUCGACCGCUCGUCCUAUGAGGGCUCGGUGGAGGAGAACAGCCCGGCCGGCACCUCGGUGCUCCAGGUCCACGCCAGCGACUCGGAUGUGGGCACCAACUCCCAGAUCGAGUACACCAUCUCCUCGGCCGUGGCUCCCGCCCUGCGCCGAGUCCUCAGGCUGGACAGGGACACGGGCUGGAUCACGGUGGUGGGCCUGGUGGAUCGGGAGGACAUCAGCCAGUUCCGUUUCACCGUCUACGCCCGGGACAAGGGAGCCAUCCCCAAGGAAGACCGAGCCACCGUGGUCAUCACAGUCAGGGACAAGAACGACAACGCCCCCAUCAUUGAGAUUAGGGGCAUCGGGCUGGUGACCCACAGGGGCGGAGUGGCCAAUAUCUCAGAGGACGUCCCUGUGGACACGCCGGUGGCACUGGUCCAGGUGUCGGACCGGGACGAAGGGGAGAAUGGGGCGGUCACCUGCAUCGUGGCCGGCGACGUCCCCUUCCAGCUGAAGCCGGCCGGCGAGUCCAGCGACGAGAAGCGCAAGAAGUUCUUCCUGCAGACCACGGCCCCCCUGGACUUCGAGGGGGUCAAGGAGCACGUGAUCGAGAUCGUGGCUGUGGACACGGGGAACCCGCCGCUGUCCAACACCAACUCGCUGAGGGUCCGGGUGCUGGACGUCAACGACAAUGCCCCCAUCUUCAGCCAGAGGCUGACCGAGGUCUCCAUCCUCGAGAACAACCUGCCCCAUACCAGCCUGGUGAGGGUGGAGGCCGCGGACGCCGACAGUGGCAGCAACGCCCAGCUGACCUACUCGUUGAGUCUGGAACCCGAGAUUCAGCACCUGUUCACCAUCGACCCGGACACGGGCGAGAUCCGGGUCAGUGGGGCGCUGGACCGGGAGGAGCGGGAGCGCUACCGGUUCGGGGUGGUGGCGGCCGACAAGGGCACGCCCAGCCUGAAGGGCAGCGCCACGGUGGCGGUCACAGUGCUGGACCAGAACGACGUUGACCCCCGCUUCAUGCUCAACAGCUACAGCUUCUCGGUCAGGGAGAACUUGCCGGCCUCCAGCCCCGUGGGCAUGGUGACCGUGUCGGACGCUGACAAGGGGGAGAACGCCCAGGUCACCCUCCACGUGGAGCCCGACCACGGCGAGUUCGAGAUCCAGAAUGGCACCGGCACCAUCCUCUCCCGGGUCUCCUUCGACCGGGAGCAGCAGAGCACCUACACCUUCCGGCUGCGGGCGGUGGACGGCGGCCGCCCUCCCCGCUCCGCCUACGUGAGCGUGACCAUCAACGUCCUGGACGAGAACGACAACACCCCCGUGGUGACCCGGCCUUCCAAUUCGUCCUUCAAGCUGCUCACCCCACUGGUCAAGGCGGGCACGCCGGUGGAGGAGGUCGAGGCUGAAGACAUGGACAUCGGUGGCAACGCCAACUUGACCUACAGCAUCGCCGGGGGCAACCCCUUCGGCCUCUUCCACAUCUCGCCCCGGGGCAGCAUCACUCUGGAGAAGGAGCUGAGCCGGAGGCAUUACGGGCUCCAUCGGGUGGUGGUCAGGGUGAAGGACGGAGGGACUCCGGCCCGCUACGCCACGGCGCUGGUCCACAUCUUCGUGAACGACACGCUGGGCAACGUGACCCAGGUGGAGAGCUUGGUGGGCCACAGCCUGAACACUCCGCUCAACGUGGACAUCGCCGGGGACCCGGAGUACGAGAAGAGCAAGCAGAGGAGCAACAUUCUGUUCGGGGUGAUCGCUGGGAUUAUGGCGGUUCUCUUGGUCAUCGUGUUGGUGGUCGUGCUCCGUUACUGCAGGCAGAGGGAGGCCAAGAGCGGCUACCAGGCGGGCAAGAAGGAGACCAAGGACCUCUACGCCCCCAAGCAGACCGGCAAGAAUGUCAAGAGCAAAGCCAAGAAGGCCAACAAGCCGGCCAAGCUGCCCAAACCGCUGGACGAGGAGGUGGCCGGGAACCAGAGGGCACUGAAGUUCAACUUGAUCGACGAGGCCUCGGGGGACAGUCCGAGGAUCCAUCUCCCGCUCAACUGUAACCCGGGCAGUCCCGACCUGGGCAGACACUACAGGUCCAACUCUCCCCUGCCCUCCAUCCAGCUCCACGCCCAGUCCCCCACCGCGGGCAAAAAACACCAGGUGGUGCAAGAUCUCCCGGCCACCAACACCUUCGUGGGCACCGGCGACAGUAACUCCACCGGCUCCGACCAGUAUUCGGAUUAUAGCUACAAGACCAGCGCCCCCAAGUGCAGCAAGCAGGCGUCUCACAGACGAGUGACCUUCUCGACGGCCAGCCAGCCCCAGGACGUGCCAGACCCCUCACAGCACAGCUGCUAUGACAGCGGCCUGGAGGAGUCUGAGACCCCCAGCAGCAAGUCCUCCUCCGGGCCCCGGCUCGGGCCCCUCGCUCUCCCCGAGGACCACUACGAGAGGACCACCCCCGAUGGCAGCAUCGGCGAGAUCGAGCACCCCGAGAACGAUCUCAGACCGCUCCCUGACGUGGCUAUGACUGGGAACUGCACGCGGGAAUGUUCGGAGUUCGGACACUCGGACGCUUGCUGGAUGCCCGGCCAGUUGUCCCCCAACAAGAAGCAGAAGAACGCCCCCAAACUGUCCACUUUCGUGCCUUACCAGGAGCGGGCGGGGCAGGAGCGACCGGCCGGUGGCAGCCCCCGGCUAGUGGACGAGCGAAAAGCCAAGGUGGCCAACAUUCGUCUGAUCCCCACGUACAGUGCCUUCUCCAACCACGAGCCGGGACCGGACUGCGCUCUCGAGGAAAUCCCUCUCACACAAACCACGGACUUCCAGCACACUCCGCCCAGCGGCUCCCAAAACUCCAAGCGGGAGAUCUACCUGUGAGGGGGAGGUGGCGGAGAAAGGGAAGAAAGGACGGAGAGAAGGAAGAGG